CAUUGGCAAGAACGAUCGACCGCCAUGUUCGACACGAUAUGCACGCUCCCGCUUUCGUCGGAGCUGUUUUCCCAGGCACUUCACCCCACGGCGCCCUUGGUGGCUGUAGGACUGAGCUCCGGACAUGUUGCGACGCUGAGACUGCCAGCAAUCGAGGGCGACGAUGAGGAUGAGGCCCAGGCCGAAGCUGCAGCAACUGGACGCGGCCAGAUCGAGGCUGCAUGGCGUACACGCAGACACAAGGGUAGUUGCAGAAGUCUCGGCUACAGUCUUGACGGAAGCACUCUCUUCAGCGCUGGUACUGACGGCAUCGUCAAGGGUGCAGACAGUGUGACUGGUAAGGUCGUUACCAAAAUCGCUGUCCCUCUUGAUUCUCCUCAGACCUUCCUCCUCGCAACCGACAGCUCUGCUCUCCACCUCUACGAUACCCGCGAAGCCAAUUUCUCUACCUUUUCCUCCACUCGUCCUUCACAAACACACCACCCUCACGAAGACUACAUCUCCUCCUUGACGCCUCUCCCUGCAUCAGACACUAGCACCUCCGGCUACAGCAAACAAUGGGUCACAACUGGUGGCACUACCCUCAGUGUGACUGACUUGCGUCGCGGCGUCCUGGUCCGCAGCGAAGACCAAGAAGAGAUCCUGCUUUCAUCCUGCUUCGUUUCUGGCCUACCCGCCCGUAAGACCAGUUCGUCAAAGGGCGAGAAGCUCGUUGUUGGUGGUGGCGAUGGUGUGAUUACUCUUUGGGAGCGUGGAGUCUGGGACGAUCAAGACGAGCGCAUCACUGUCGACCGCAGCGCUGGCGGUGGUGAGAGCUUAGAUGUUAUACGCCUACUACCUCCGGAUGUUGGUCCCGGCGGCAAGGUUCUCGCUGUGGGUAUGGGCGAUGGCAAGGUUCGCUUCGUCAAGCUCGGCCCCAACAAGGUCAUUUCAGAGAUCACACACGACGAGGUGGAAGGUGUUGUAAGCCUGGACUUCGACGUCGCAGGAAGACUCAUCACAGCUGGUGGCAGCACCAUCAAGGUCUGGCAUGAGAUGGUCGACGAGGAUCAGCAUGCCUACGUGGAUGGCGAUCUCAAGAGGGAAGCAGAGAACAGCGAUGCAGGCAGUGACGACGACGAUAGCGACAUGGACAGCGAUGACAGCAGCGACGAGGAGACUGGUCGCAAACGCAGAAAGAAGAGAAAGCGUGCAAAGGGCAAGGACAAGUCUGGAGGCGCAAAUAGCAUGGGUUCCUUUGCUGGUCUGGACUAG